AUGUCGCUCACUCCACUCCGCCCCGGCGUUUAUGCGCCAACAAUGACCUUCUUCGAUGCCGAGACCGAGGAACUCGACAUCCCUUCCAUUCGCCGCCACGCUGUGCGUCUGGCAAAAGCCGGUCUGGUCGGCCUGGUGACCAUGGGCUCCAACGGCGAGGCUGUGCAUCUCAGCCGCGAAGAGCGCAUGACCGUCACUCGGGAAACCCGGUCUGCUCUUGAUGAAGCUGGCUUCUCCAAUGUUCCUGUCAUCGCCGGCGCCAGCGAGAACAGCAUCCGCGGAACCAUCGACUUGUGCAAAGAGGUCGCGGCUUCUGGUGGCGACCGUUGCCGACGGCUCCCCGUUCCUAUUAUUCUUUACAACUACCCCGGUGCCGUCGCUGGCAUCGAUAUGGACUCCGACCUCAUCAUCCGUAUUUCCGAACACCCUAACAUUGUCGGCACUAAGUUCACUUGUGCCAAUACCGGCAAGCUGACUCGUGUCGCUGCCGCUCUCGGCGCCAUCACCCCCUCCUCACCUUUGGCUCCGGCUGAGCGUACCGCAACAGUCUCCAAACCCAACGCCAAGCACCCAUACGUUGCCUUUGGCGGUAUUGCCGACUUCAGUCUGCAGACCCUCGUCUCUGGCGGUUCUGCCAUUCUUGCCGGUGGAGCAAACGUUCUUCCCCGUCUGUGCGUUCGCAUCUUCACCCUCUGGUCCGAGGGUCGUCUCACAGAGGCCAUCGAGGCCCAGCAGCAACUCAGUGCUGCUGACUGGGUUCUCACAAAGGCUUCCAUUCCUGGCACCAAGGGUGCUAUCCAGUCAUACUACGGUUACGGCGGGUUCCCUCGCCGACCUCUCAGCCGUCUUACUGAUGCACAGUACCAGACUGUUGCUGAUAAGAUCAAGUCUGCUAUGGAUGUGGAAUUGAGCUUGCCCGAUGUGGUAUAA